CCGGAAGUGGGCCUUAGAGGAAGAAAGGCUCGGAGUUGCUGAGGAGGAAUGCUUCUCGAGGUUCUGGGUGAGGGUUCACAGGGCUUUUGUGGCAUGUGUUGACAGGAGGGCCUCGGAGGUUUGAGUCACUUCCCCUGAACGAGCCUGCGUCUCUGCUGAGCCCAGCCUGUCUGUGGCGGGCCAGAAGGUGGCACAGGUUGGGUGAGCCCAGGAUCCUCCGGUAGGCGCCCGUCUGAGAAAGCCGGCCUGCGCCUUUUAUCCGUGGCGACCUUGGAGAGGAGUUGAUGCUUUAGUGGCUUAUCAUGGCCCAGCGGGCAGUGUGGCUUAUAAGCCACGAGCCGGGAGCUCCACUUGGCGGCACCGUCAGAUUCUCCAGACGAUAUCCAACUGUUGAAAAACGAGCCAAAGUCUUCAAUGGAGCAAGUUAUGUGCCUAUUCCUGAAGAUGGUCCCUUUAUGAAAGCACUACUCUUUGAACUUAGAUUAUUGGAUGAUGAUAAGGACUUCAUAGAAAGCCGUGAUAGCUGUUCACACAUCAAUAAAACAUCUGUCUAUGGACUCCUCAUAGGAGGUGGAGAACUCUGGCCAGUUGUUGCGUUUCUGAAGAAUACCAUGAUAUAUGCUUGUGUUCCACUAGUUGAACAAACUUUAUCCCCUCACCCACCAUUAAUUAGCAUUAGUGGAAUUUCACAAGGCUUUGAACUUCUUUUUGGGAUACAGGAUUUUCUUUACUUGGGUCAAAAAAAUGACACUGAAAUAAAUACAAAAUUGAACCAACUGCCUGAUUUGCUUCUACAAGCUUGUCCAUUUGGAACUUUGUUAGAUGCCAACUUACAGAAUUCAUUGGAUAGUAUUAAUUUUGCUUCUGUGACACAUCCACAAAAACAGCCAGCCUGGAAAGUUGGAACAUACAAAGGAAAACCACAAGUUUCUAUUUCUAUCACUGAAAAGGUAAAAUCCAUGCAGUAUGAUAAACAGGAUAUAGCAGAUACAUGGCAGGUCGUUGGAGCUGUCACUUGCAAGUGUGAUUUAGAAGGAAUUAUGCCAAAUGUUACCAUCAGCUUGAGUCUCCCUACCAAUGGGUCUCCACUUCAGGAUAUUCUAGUUCAUCCUUGUGUGACUUCUCUUGAUUCUGCCAUUUUGACUUCUAGUAGCAUUGAUGCAAUGGAUGAUUCUGCAUUUAGCGGACCUUACAAAUUUCCAUUCACUCCUCCUUUAGAGUCAUUCAACUUAUGCUACUACACCUCUCAGGUCCCAGUCCCACCAAUUUUGGGUUUUUAUCAAAUGAAAGAGGAAGAAAUAAAAGUAAAAAUAACAGUUAACUUAAAACUUCAUGAAAGUGUGAAAAAUAAUUUUGAAUUCUGUGAAGCUCAUAUACCUUUCUAUAAUAGAGGUCCCAUCACACAUGUGGAAUCCAAAGUUAGUUUUGGCCAGCUUGAAGUAUUUCGAGAGAAAAGUUUAUUGAUCUGGAUUAUUGGACAAAAGUUCCCCAAAUCCAUGGAAAUUAGUCUUUCUGGAACCGUAACUUUUGGAGCUAAGAGUCAUGAGAAGCAGCCAUUUGAUGAGAUUUGCAUUGGAGGUACAGCAUAUUUAAAGCUUCAUUUUAAGAUCUUAGAUUAUACACUCACUGGUUGUUAUGCGGAUCAGCAUUCAGUUCAAGUUUUUGCAUCAGGAAAACCAAAAAUAAGUACAUACCGGAAACUAAUUUCUUCUGACUAUUACAUCUGGAAUUCUAAAGCUCCUGCACCAGUAGUAACAUAUGGGUCAUUAUUACUGUAAUUAAUUCAUAUUUAAAUAGAAUUUAUAUAAUAGUGCUUAAAUCAUUCGUCUUUUAUUUUUAAUGUAUAUGCAUAUAACCUAUGAAUGAAAAAAGUCUUUGAUUUAAUUAUAAAAAUACUCUUGCUUAAUGUUUUUAGCCUGACAUAGUUUGAAGGAACAUUUUAAAGACUAUGUUUCCUAUUUUGUUACCCUUUGAUUUUACUCAAAUGUGAUUCAGAGCAUAAAACAGUAGUGAUUCACUUUAAGCUUAUUUUAAACUAGUCCUGGGUCACCCUACCAUACAAACUUUCCUGCUCCUGCGGCAGACAUAGCUAAUCAGUUGUAACAUUCUUUCUCCACUGAGCCUUCCUGGAUAUGGGCUCAGGCUCUUUUCUCAAUGUGGAGCUGCAAACAGCCACUUCUGAUAGAUUGUAGAUAGAAAGAUAGAUGUGCAAGAUAAAAACUCUUUGCUCUUUCAAACCUGAGUAGUUAAGUUCCUAGUACAAUGGAUUAUUGUGGAAUACCAGAAACCACUGUAAAUCUCUUGGAGGAAAAAAAACAGUCAAUGAAAACAAAAGAAUAUUGUUUAAAUAGUAACCUGUUCUUAAUCAGAACUAUCUUAUUGACUAAUAAAGAAUCUGCAUAAUUCUAUUCAAGGUGUUUAUCUCUGUUCUAGAGUUAUUUUUCAGGUAAGCUUAUUAAUCUGCCACAGUGACAUUUUGCUCAGGAUGUCAGCAUACUAAGAAGGAUGGGAUACUUUCAGAAAAUGAGCAUAGUUUUUUUUGAUCACUUAAUGCCUGCAGCGCAAAUUUUUAAAGAUAAAUUUAGGUAUAAUACUGAUUUUCAUGUUUGUCAUAUGAAAAUUCUUAAUGAAUUCAGGUAAAAAUAUCAAAGCUGUUCUCUGGGUAGAGAGUAUUGCUUAAUCUUCUUUCAGUUUUGUAUAGCCUAUUUCCUUUAAAUUUGUCACCCCUACUUUCUUAUUAGCAUUCUCUUGAUUUCUUUAGGAACCACCCAAUCAUAUUUUUUAUUCUGUCUUUACAAAUUAUAUGUGUCAUUCUGUUUGAAAGCAGUUCCUUGUCCAGUUGGACUUUAAGUGACCAUUCAAGAAAAGAUGAAAUCUUGAGAUCCUCCAGACUUCAUCCAUGUCAGGUUCCUUUUUACAGAACAGAAUUAAAAGCGUUAUAAAAAAUAUGCAUUGCAGAUUAAUAUUCAAUUAAAUUAUCUCUUGGUUUCUAUUUUUUAAUGAGUCUCCUAAGCAAAAGCUUAGAAAAAGCUUCUAACUCCUUGAAAGAGAGCUAUGCUAGUUUGAAGGGAUAUUGCAUAUGAGUUUAGGAUUUGAAAUAUGAUUUUUUAAUUAAGGUCAGUCUCAUUAUAAAUUCUCAUUUUCUGCAAGGCAUUAUCAUGGCAGAAUGCUCUAUGUUCAAAAUUAUCCCAAGUAACAAAGAAAGUAGAAUAACUGCCUGACCAGGACUUUAACUUAUUAUUCUGGCUUAAUCAUAGAUAAUCAGUAGUAAAGGCUUUCCUUUUGAAAGAAGAAAAAAACCAUUUUGCUUAAGUUAUUUGAUCUCUCUUAAAUUCAAGGGAAGCUUAACGUUUAACUUAUGUUAAUAUUAAUGGAGCCAUUUGGACAUCUUGAUCAUAUAAAUGUUGAGUAAAGUACACGAAGGCAGGCAAGAGGCAUUUAUCUAAUAAGUACACAGAUACUCAGUAUAAUAAUCCCCUAGGGAAAACUUUUUUUUUUUAUAAGCAAUCAGAAAAACCAGUGAAUCUUUGAUUUGACAUUUCUAGAAGCCUGAGGAAAAUCUAGGGAGUACUGGAAAAGUGUACGGUGGAGGAGAACCUGAUGCCAUCUGUUGCCAUUCCAUUCUAACAUAACGCUACAGAACUAAAACCAACUCAUGUUUUCAUCCUGUUGAGAUCAGCUGGUCACACUGUGAUGCUUUUGAUUUUGUCUAGAAACCUGUCACUUCAGGAUAAUUUCUGAAGACAAAGUCUGUUUCCCGUUUGGUAGGUGACCUGUUUAAUGUUUUCCCUGUGUCUGGGAACUCCUUAGUGUAAUUAGCGACCUUUGAACUCCACAACUAAUCCUGAGCUAUUUUGUAUUCCUUACUCAUCUUUAAGGCUGGACCUUUCUUUUCUUCAGAGUCCGCUGCCACAAUUAAAGAAGAAACAGCUGCAUUUCAAAGGGAUUCCGAUUCCAGAAGCUUAAUCGUGAUUGACAUGUUCUUAUUCUAAGCUAUAAGACACUCUAAGAGUCCUUUCUUGGGUUAAAACUUCAAUCAUUUUCUAAAAAAUUAUCUCACUAUGGAUUUUAUUCAUUUUCUUUGAUAACUAUUCUUUGCAUUUUUUAACUUGAAAGAUGCUUUGCAUUUGUGGUGAAUAUGAGCAUCUACUUCCAGUUAAAGAUUUGGAUGGUGUCAGACAUACUCUAGAUGCAAAAUUGCUAAAUUCCCUUUUAGUGCCAAAAUAUGAUUAUGAAAUCUGAUGUCGAUCAUAGAGGGUAAUUAUUCUCCAGUAAACCGAAAAGGUACAAAAAGUGUUAAAUUUCUGAGAAUGUACUCUAUAAAAAAAGUGGUUCAUGAUUUUCAUAAAAUCCUUCAUUUUUUUACUAAACAAUAUUUUUAAAACUUUUUAAAGCUAACAAUACUCUUAUAGCAUAAUGUAAUAUACCCUUACAGUGGUGGGCACUUUUUAUUUUUCCUUUUUGAAUAAUUGAUUCGAAUGUCAGGUUUGAAGUAAAUAGCCUUGUCAGGAAUUCUCAAGAAAAUUACUUGUGUAAAAAGUUUCUUUCAUUAAACAAUAGUCUAUCUCAUAAACUUCAAUUUUUUCACAUGAACUCAGUAUUUCUGAGUUAAAAUUAUGGUUUUUAUACAUUGUGUGAUUUUCAAGGUCUUUCAAAGCACAAUUUUAUACGCAGUAACAACUAAUAUUUUUCUUUUAUUUUUUUAUUAUAGUAUGUCAUACUGCUUUAUAGACAUUCAUAGACUCCUGUACCACCCGUGAGAGGUAGGUAGGCCGAGUUAUCAUCCAGAGCCUCUGCAGGGACUGCUGCCAUAGCAGAAUGGUUGUUUCUAAGACAAAGGUCAGAAAAGGGAUGUUAAUAAACAGUCCUCAGGUUUAAGGGACUUUUUUAGGAUUACAUCUUAAAUUCCAGCAAAUCAGAUUUAGGAGUUACUGAAAGUGAAAUUGAUCCAUCCCUCAUCCAAACUUUGCAAUACUUUCCUGUUCUGACAUCAUUUAGAUAGUUAGCUGUAUUAUCAGAUUAGAAACCAUUGUACCCGGCUGCUGAAAGGAAAAGGAGGCAAAAAGCUAAACAUGGGAUGAAUUCUGAACCUUUUAACCUGGCUGAAGUACGUUGGUCCCUGUUAUGCAAAUACCUUCAAUCCUCUGCUAAGUUCAGUGGAAAUAAUUUUCUUGAAUGACAGGUUUAUUCAGCAAGGAUUCAGUUGGUGAUUAAUCCCCCUUUGAUCUAGGGUAUUUCACUUAACUACCAGUUACCUCGUUCUGACAAAGUGCAACUGAGAUUAGGGAGAUCACUAGAACACUACCAGGGUGUGCGUUUAUUCUCUCUAACCUUUUAAAGCAAGGGCCAAGAAUGCAAUUUAUUUUCAGUAUUUGAAGAUGUAAAGUCCUGUCUGCUAAGUUAGAAAGUCAAUUGAAUACCAAAUGAAGUUUAUUUCUUACGUAAUAGAACAAACAUUUCUUUUUGCUUUGACGAACAAUGAUUUUAGGAAACAUAGGCUUUGAAGAAAGAAGAAACAAAGACUACAUUCUAAGUUUAUCUUCUCGUUUUGUUUCAUGUACUGGAGUGUGUACUUACUGGCCCUGAGAUAAACUAAAAAAUCAAAGCAGUGGCUACAACUUAGGUUGAGAAAAUGCUUCUAUUUUAUUAAACUGCAUGGUUUCUCCCCGCCCUCCCCCCAUUAAAAAAUGUCAUGCUAUGUGGUAAAGAAUUCCAACGGGGAACACAUAUUGUAAUACAUAAUUAUUCAUCUUAAGAUUUGUGGUUUCAAAGCUUUAUUUGUUAACUUUGUUCUUCCUUGAGGAAAAAGGGAUUGUUAUAUCGCCAUCAUAAGAAUACUCACAUUCUUUUUCAGGAUAAUGGCAUUUAUUUCCGUAAAGAAAGAUAAAUGAUGUCAUUACAAAAAUAAUACAAUUUAAAUUAUCAAAAUAAUGACUUCCCACUGUACUGAUUACUAUCUUUUCUGCCUUUUUCUUGAGUACCUCUUCUCCAUAACUUUAAACUUCAAAAUAUUUUACAGAAUUUGGCACAAUAUUUUAAGGAAAAAAUUUUAAGAUUUGUGUUAUGCUAGGCUUCUCAAAUAAUUUACUUUUUAAAACUACUAUCAACAUCAGCAUCAGUAUUCACUUCCAAGAUAGCAGAUUUGGAGAUUUAUUUCUCAAAUAUAUUUCAAGACUGACUCUUAAAAAAAGAAACAAUGAUUUUUUAACAAAAAAAGAUUUAAAAUAUUAAAUUAUUAUUAAUUUUAUUAUUACUGAUGGUGUUUUUUUAACUGCUUUAUAAUUCAUUCUUCUAGUAGCAGUUUGGAAUGCAAGUUCAUAUUUGGAUGAUUUACACACUUUUUUUGGGUCUCAAACAUUCUGUGAUCCAAUUUCUAAAUUGAAACAAUGACUUGUACACAUCUAAUUCAUGUUGGUGCCAAACCAGUCUAGUUUCAAUUUAGUAACCAAUCUGUCAAUAUCUUCUGAUAGCAAGUUACUUAAACAAAGCAAAAUUGAUGUGCUGAGCUCCCUUGGGUAGCACAUAUACCAAAGCAAAACUGAGAAGCAGAAAAAGAUUUAGGAUAAAAGGGCAGGAUUCCCUUGGUAAUGUUGGUAAGAAACUAGUAUUUUUAAUAAUUACUCUGUGGAGUCCAUAUUUAGUUAAUAACUGUUGCAAUAUAUCUUGAAAUACGCUAUCAGAGAAUCUACGUAAAAUGUAUGUAUACAUAUAUGCGCAUGUAUUUGUGUAAUGUAUAUGUUUAUCUCUGGGUUUCCCUAUGAAAUGUUUGUAUAUCAUGUCAAAGGAAGAAUAUUUAAAGUCCAAUAUCUUCUCUUCAAACAUGUUUAUUAAUAGCAGUAGAGAGGUUCAUUAAAAUGAAAAUUAACAACUCAAAGUGGAGUUGAUAGUAUUAUUGUCUAUAUAUAGCUUGGAGCAGACAAUACCUUAUAUUACUAGUUUACUCUGAAGUCCAGAUUGAUUUCUCUAGACCCUGACUAAUCUGAGUAAUUGUUUACAGUGUGGUGCUAAUGUAUGAUGCACAGCAUUUACAGAUUAACAAGUACCCUGGGUUGAAAACCACCUGCUGAAUUGUUUUUUCUAGCAAGAUGUGGAAAUUUGUACAUCUUAAUAAUCCAUUAAACAUUAAAUCCAUGUCUUCUUUUUAAAUGAUAGUAUCUAUAAAAACAAUACUGCUUAGUUAACAUACUACUAAUAAUAAAAAUGAAAAAUAAAUUAUUAUCCCUCUCACAAUUUUUACUUUUUCUUUCAAAGGACUUGAGUGCCCUCUACAGGCUAUGAAGAGAUAAUUAAUGACUAUAUUUAAACCCUGUGGUUGUUUUUCCCUUUUAGAAGCAUAGUCUGCAUUAAGUGUAAUCUAUUUUACUUAUAUUGUUAGCUUUGUUAAUUUGUCAGUGAUUGAAGCAAGAGUUCCUUUUGUCAGUUUUUUAUAGUUGUGUUUAGUAUGAAGAAUAUUACCAUUGAAAUUUCCAAAUCACUUAUUAGUUCAGGCUCUUUAAAUGUUGGAACUAUACACAUUGAAACUAAUAAUUCAUAUUCUCUCACAGAAAGGAAAUCAGGAAAACAUUUAGCUAUUUUGAAAUAUAUUGGAGAUAUAGAAGAUAACUUGAUUAUUUCAAGUUACAUUACAUUCUUAGGAUAUUAUACAUUUGAUAUAAAGCCUUUUUCAGUAUGCAUCAUGUAAAAUUUUAAAUUUAUAUACAAGUUCUAUGUAUUGAUCUUGACAAGUGAUGCUGUGUUCAAGUUAAAAAACAAGGCUUAGAAUUUCUUUAAAGAAUUGAACAGAUAAUGGUUAUGUUAUUGAUAUGUAGGUCUGCUAGCUAGAAAUAGCAUUUCUAGUUGAGCAAAAAGCAGAGGUUUUAUUGAGUCCUUCAUUUCAGUGUACUCAUACUUUCUCAACAGGUACAACAGUUCUAUUCCUAAAGGGUAUAGGAGUUCAUUUAGUAUAGAAACUAUAGAACUGGAGUGCCAGUAGCACCUCUGAUUCACUUAAAGCUGCCAGGGAAACUAAACAUGAUGAGAACAAGGGGAAUGACUGGGUCAAAUUAAUAGAAAUAGAUUUUUUUGCAAGCAACAUAAUGAUCCUGAUCAUCAACCUUGAAAAGUAAAUUAGAACAAGCAAAUUGCUGUUGAAAAAUUCUUUCAGCACUCUGCUGUUGCUACUCAGCUAGUCAUGGCUCAGCCAGAGACAAGGAAAAAAUGCACCCAGUUUUGUAUUAACAAAGGCAACAUUAUUAAAGUGACUGUUUACAUAGUGUUUAUUGAAGUGUUCAAAGAAUAUUUGUUGCAUCUUCAACCUGCUAUUCUCUGGACUAGUGUAGUGCAUGAGAGUAAAAAUGAGUCGUGUACAUUUUAGAAAGAUAACUGACAGUUAUCUUCAAAAUAUUCAAAAUAACUGAACUGUCUUCAAAAUAUUUAAGUAUCAGUCUUAAGUACUUUCUCUUUUGAAGAUUUUCAUCUAAGAAAUAUAUCCCAUUAGAAAAGACUCAUUUAUUUGAAUAUACCUUCCAAUUACUUCCAAAUGCUUGAUAAAACUUUCCUCCCAGAAACAACAAUGCGUAGGGAAUAAUGGGCUCAAAACAAUCAAACAAAAAAUGAAAUAGCUGUGAAGUUAGUGUGUAACAAUACAUAAUAUGUGCAUGAGAAGUAGCAUCAGUGUGAGCACUUGUGUGAGCUACAGUCUUGAACUACUUCAUAAAACCAAGUUGAGAACAGCUGAGACAGCAAAUGAUAACAUGUCAAUCUGACAUUUAAAAAUGUAAGAAGCAUUAUAUGUACUGGUAAAAUGGGAAAUUAAUAAAAGUUCAGAAAUAAUUUUAGUUUUCACCUAAAAUGAACAAUUUAAUCACUAUUAUGUUUUAGAAGUUGGGAAAGUAUAGUACUUAACGGGGAUUCAAGUACCAUAUUUUACUUCGUCUCUUAAUAAGUAUUAAUGAGUGCAAUUCAGUAUUCUUCAGUCUCUUACGGAUGGACUGAUUUUUAAAGAACUAUUUUCUUGGUUUCACCAAAAGGGUAGGUUGUCAGUCUUCUACAUCUCAGACUAAAAAUUUAUCUGUCACAAUUAGCAAAGGAUAUUAGCCCAUGCUGUAGGCUGUUGAGAACCUUUUAGAUAUUUUAUUACUUACCAUUUCUGUAACACAUAUAUUUACAGAGUAUUAUAUAUUUGAUACUUUAAAGUCCAGAAAAAUUGAUAAAAACUACUUAAAACUUAUGAAUUACUGUACAGAGGUUUAUAUUUAAAGUGAAUAUUUUAAGAUUUUCCUGAAGUACUAUCUUUGUCUUUGAUCUUAAAAAAAAUUUUUUUUAUAAUAAAGCAAAUGCCAGCAAAUGCCAAAUGUCUAGCUCUGCUUUUGCUAAGGAAGUAACCAGGAAAAGUGUUUUGUAAUGUGCAUAGCUUAAUUAAUAGUGGCAAGAGGACUUUUUGACUUAUGUAGAUAUCAGUGGCUUCAUAUUCAUAAUAUGUAUUUCCUCCUAGUAAAAGCGCUUGCCAUUUUAUUGUUUUAUUUAUUUUAAUUUAUUUAGGUUUUAUUUAUUCAUGAGAAACACGGAGAGAGAGGCAGAGACACAGGCAGAGGAAGAAGUAGGCUCCAUGCAGGUAGCCCGAUGUGGGACUUGAUCCUGGACUCCGGAUCACGCCCUGGGCCAAAGGCAGGCAUCAAACCACUGAGCCACCCAGGGAUUCCCAAGAGAACAUGGCAUUUUAUUUUAUAUUAAAGGCCUAAACACAAUUGAACAUAAGUUAUGACUUGAAAAUAAAAACUGCUGAGUAAUCUAGUUGAAAUGGAGACCUUAAUUUAGUCAAUAAAAACUCAAUGUUGAACUUUAUUGUAUUGUACUCUUAUUAUAUGUCACUCUAGAACUAGACACAAAGACAAAAAAGAAGUAGCAUCUGAUUUUAAGUGGUACCUUAUAACUUUCACAAUGUGUUAGCAUUGCUGUUGUGUUUUUUAAAAGACUUUAUUUAUUUAUUUGACAGAAGGAGUGAGAGCACAAGCAGGGUAAGCAGGAGAGGAAGAAGUAGGCUCCCCACUGAGGAGGGAGCCUGAAGUGGGACUCGAUCCCAGCUGGGAUCAUGACCUGAGCCAAAGUUAGACACUGAGCCACACAGGCACCCAAUUUAUUAGCAUUAUAAUAUGGAAGACUACUUCUAUACAUUUGUUAAUUACAGAAAUUGUUUAAAGAAGUGAUGGUUGACGUUCACCAGGCAAACAGGACAGAAGGGCAUCCCAAGGGCAACAUCAUAUCUGUGCAGGGAACUCCUGCUGAAGACCACUCCCCUACACAUAAGGAGGGAGGGCCUUGCUAACUUCCCAGGCCUGCAUAGGAGGGUUCCAUCGCGAUGCCCAGUUGGUGGCGCCUGAGAGCUUCCUAGGGGCUGCAAGAACCCACGGCUACUAACAGGACUCCACCCCUCUGUCAAUUUAAGAGCUAUUGGAAAUAUCAGGAAAGAGAUUUCGGUAAGUUUCCUCGGGACUAAUGUAGACUUUAUUUUAACACCUUACUCUCUAGCUUCUUACAAGACAGAGUGUAUUAGUUGCCCCUUAUCCUUGAAGAACAACAGUAUUAGAAAUUGGAAUUUUCAGUCUUAACCUUAUAUCCUUAGAAAUAUUAUUUGACUCACAUUUUACAAUCCAUCUGAAGAAUGCUAAACAGGUAUUCCAAGAAUUAAAUUCAAUGAUAUUAAGUAUUUUAAGAGCAGAAACCCCAUAUAUACAUAGGAUAGUUAACUUCUUAGUAUUUUGCAUUUUUAUUAGGAAUAUCUAACAGAAAAAAAAAAGGAAUAUCUAACAGAUUUUAUAAAUCCCAUACUCUUGACUCAUUGUGUGUGCAUAGCUGUGUCAUUUUUCUUUACUUGAAAAAAAGAUGUUUUCACUCUACACAUAAAAAGAAUAACCAACACUAGAAUUAAAAAAUUACUUUAAAAAGAGUUAAUCUGAAAUCUAUACUAUAUAAAUGUGAAUUCAAAGUUAAUUGUAUUCUUUUUCCAAAAAGCUACAUUUGCACUUACAGAUACAAGGCUCAACUCAACUGUCUGUGUCAAAUGACUUAAUCUGGUUAUUAGACUUAUGGAGAGAUUUAAGCAUUUUAGUGAAAGGGGACAAAUACAAUAUUCUUUUGUUUAAAUUAAGUUUUGCAAUUCAGAGGAUUUGUUCAUUUGGGCCUUCAAGUUCUGUCUUUCAACAUGAGAGUCUUGAAGGUAGAAUCUUUGCUUGACAGGCUUUUGCCUUUGACUCUAACUUCUACUUUGAAACUAACCAAAAAGAAACUAAGUGUAUCAGAAGCAUACCUAAUCUCCUAGAAGUCAGCAUUGCAUCCAGUGUAUUAAAAUUAAAACCUUCCUUUUUUUUCCCUCCUCCUUAAAUAUGCAUCUAGUAAUAAAAGGCCAGUCAGCUGGGUUAGGAUAAAACAGGCAAUGUUUUUCCUUCAGUAGUUCAUUUGGAAAAGUCGCUUUGCUAAUUGAGAAAAAUUUAAUGAAUUUUACUUGUAUUAAAAUAAAGGUGAUUGGCAACAAUGUACUCAUUUGAGAAAGUCAUUACAUUUAUGUAUUGUGUUUUCAUGUAAAUACUUUUGCCAAAUGUAUUAGCAAGGAAUAUAAUAUUAUGGUUCAUGGUUCUUGUAGUAUCUGAAAAGAAUAAUUGUAUAACUAAUCAAUGAAAACAAAGUAAAUGUUCCUCUUGGGUUUGUACAAUAAAAAUGGAAUUAAAAUUACUCAGGCUCAAAAAUGCAAAUAUAAUGCAUCUCACCAGCAGAAAAAUAAAAUUCUAAAGGCAGAACCUGUAUAGUAAGACCAGUAUUUCAUUUCCUCUCAAAAGUCUUCAUUUGAUUCCCAAACUGAUCACUUCAAAAUUCACUUCCAUGCAUUUUUAUAAAGUGAUCAAAUAUUUCACUGUUUUUAAAACAAAAUUAUCAUUGAUUCUACUGAACAGGCUCACUGAUAUUCAGAACAUAUUCUGGGGAAAUUAAUGCUAAUCAGUACAGCAGCAGCCACCAAAAUAGCACUGUAACGUAUUAGACAGUAACAUAAGAUUAAAUUCACAUUAAACUCAAGAGCAAAUAACCCAUAUUAAUUUAAACAGAUUUAAUCCUGGGAAAGGGCAAAGGUUAGAAAUGAUCUGAAAGAUAACCAAAUUGUAUUGAGAACAAUAGGCCUUAUAUUAGACAACGGCACCCCCUACUGGAAGCUUGAGGCUGCCUGGACAGUUAUUCUUGGAGGCUGCUGGGAAGGACCGGCCCAGGGAAAGGAAUCUGUGAGGAUGCUCAGACCUCCACCUAGCAGGUGGGGCUGCCAUGGAAUUCAGGGGCAUCAUCAGUCCAGAAUUGUUUCUUCUCUAUUGUGUAAUCACGAACCUUAGGCAUAGCACCUAGAAUUUUUAUUUCUCAACUACUAGUUAGCAAGACUUUGAUUCUGAAGGUUUUAUUAGUAAACAUUUAGAGUGCCUUUUUUUUUUUAAAGAAAGGUCAAACUCUGAUAAAUGCUUGAUAUGAAAAAGAAAUAGCUGUUCAUGCAAUGAUUUUAAUUAAUCUGCCUUGGAAUUUACCCACAGUGCUCAAAAUUAUUCCUUAGUAGAGAGUCCUUAGUAGAGAGUGUUUCUUAGGGUGCUUUGACCUAAUAUUCCAACAAGCAGGCAUGGUGGAUAUAUUUAAUAGAUCUGUAUAUGAGUACAUAUGUACAUACACACAGCAUAUAUAUACACACUGUGGGCAAUCUGGCUCAAAGUGAACCCUAGAGAAGCCUCAGUAGGAUGGUAAGCCUCCACCAUCAGCUUUCCCCUAAGUUUGGGUUUAUGGCUUUUUUUCUAAGGUUAUUCUUUGGAUGAGUAAACAUCUGUAAUGAUCACAAGAAAUAUGAAAACUCCUGAGAAAUAAUAAAAACAAUCAUUUGAUAGACUAGCCAUCUAUAAGACAUCCUCUUUUUAAAAAUAAUAUAUAAUUCCCAACAGUCUUUUGAAUUUAACAAUUCUAAUAAAUCAAAUAUUUAAACUGGGGAUUUUGUUGUAUAACUAAAAGACACCUCAGUCAAGCUGACUUGCUAAACAUAUUUAAAUGCCAUAAGCAGUAAGUACAGUAAUCAGAGAAAUAAACUGAAGACAAAUCAAGAGAGAUCAUUUAAACAGAAAUGGCCAGAUACAUAGAAUGACUAGGGGAGAAAAGGAAAUAGAAGUAGGCACUAAAACCAGGUUUGGCUUGAAAAGAAGCCUGAACUGUUAUGAAAAAUGAUCGUGGAAACAGCUCUCAGCUUUCCAUUUUAUUUUCUGAACACCUACCUCACCACCUCCAGCACCAAAUGCUUUAGUGUCGUGACUAAAUUUUGAAUGAUUUUUAUAAAAACCUACCAGGGAAGUGCAUUAUCCAACCAAAUGGAUCCUAGCUCAGAGACCAUGUUCAUGUUCCCAGCCAGAUGAGAGGAGAAGGUGACUUUCCCUCUGCAGAAUUUUUGAAGUGAAUGGAGGAGGCCAGGGUCAGCUGAAUUAGAAGGUGUUCUGUUUAACCCUCCUGCCUAAAAUAUGAAGUAAAAUCAUUUCAGAAAGGAGUUAAAUAUCUGUUGGGAGUUGUCUGCAGGUUGGGAGUGUUUAUUUCCUAAGGCUAAAAGCAUUCAACACAUUCUUCAAAGAAACAAGAUCAGAAGUAUUUGAAAUUACAGAUGCCUGAGGGAAAGAGCUUAGUAGCAGGGGAAAAAAUAAAGAGAGGACAGAGGAGGCCAGGAUCCUAACCCAGCUUGGCUCUGCUGUGUGCCCUUGAGUGUCAUAUAAUCUGUCUGUGCCUUAGUUUCUUUAUCUGGAAAAAAGAUGACCUCUAUUUUCCAGCUUUGAUAGCAAAAUACAUUUUCAUGAGAAUAUAGUAUUCAGAGAAGACUUGAUCUAGCAGUGCUUCAGUGAACCAUCAUCGUUCAAGAAGAGAGUGGGUUCACAAAGCCAAAGUACUAAAGUUAAUGGGACAUCUUCCCUGGAUUCACCCAUUUAUUUAUUUAUUUAUUCUUCAAUAGGUGUUUAUUCAUGGUCUACUAUGUGUCAGACUCCAAACCAGGGAAUGGAAUACAAACUUGAACAAGAUCCAAUCUCUUUCCUCAAAGAAUUUGAAGUUUAGUAGGGAAAAAAGACAAAUAUAUGUGUUUUCACAGUGUAGGGCUGUGAGUACUCUGCUAGCAUAAACCAUGGUGCUGUGAGAGUGUGUCUGGAAGAUCCCAACCAGGCAGGCACAGAUGAAAACUCACCAAAGGAUGCAAGGAGCAGCAACACCCAAUUCCCACCUUAAACCACAAAAAGGAGUUAGCCAUUAAAAAGAAAGACAGAAAUAAAAAAGGUAUUUUAAGCAAAGUGAGCAGCCUAGCACAGUAAGAGAACACAGUUCAGGCAACUGCAGGCUAUUCAGUGUGGCUGGAGAGCAGGGAGGGUGUCCAGAGAAGGGGCUGCUGCAGUGGGAGCAGGAGCACACUCUAAAGUGCUGAAGGAAAAAGCUCAUUCUCCCCAGGGUGAGGGUGAACAUAGGAACAGAAUGGAAUAGAUUGGAAGUUUUUAAGACUGGUGGCAAGAAGACCAGUUAAGAGCUUGUGAUAAAGAAUUGUACCAAGGCCGCAGCAGUGGAAAUAGAAAAAAAAAAGAAAUUUGCAAAUAUUUAUAAAGUAGCAUUAACAAGUUUUAGUGACUAUUUGUGUUUGGGGGUAAGGGAGAGGGAGAUGUUAAGGAUGACUUCCAGAUGAGAGAGGAGAAGGUACUAGUACUAGAGAUAGAGUGUAUGGACUGUUUAGGAAAGACAGUGACUUCUCUGAAUGACAAGGCUCCAUACACACUAGUAUUUUACCUGAUUCUGUGUUAGUGACCUCUGAGUUUCACUUUAGUAGUUGCUGUUUGACUCUAAGACAAUGUACUAGUUUUGCAGAUGAAAAUACACCAUCUUCCUAGCAGUUAUAUUUCUUGUUGCCAAUUAGAGAUUUUGUAUUAAUUUGGCUAUCUCUGUUGUGAGUUUAGUUAUGUGGGUUGGCAUCUCCAAGUCUGACUGCAUAUGUGUACAAAAUCUCAGCUUUGAGAACCAUAGGAAAGUAAAGGCCACCUUGUGGGACCCUCUGGCAGAGGCUUGCUAACCCUCCAGCCAUCCACUUGAACAGGACUCCUGCAGGGUACCUUCUAUAAUGGUUGAAGAGGAACCCCAAUUAAUAAGUCAACAGAUAAUAUUAGACCACACUAAAUUUAUGUGUGGUUAUUAAUGGAAAUAGGAAUUCCUAUCUAUUGAAUGGCUAAAAUGUGUCAAGAGUUGCUCUAGGUACUUUAUGGAGGGGCAAAAAAAAAAAAAGGUAUGUAAAACAUCUUCUUUGAAAUCUUAUAUGUAACAGUGUGUACAAGCUUAUUUGUAAUCACACUGAAUAUUUGUCUUUCCAAAAUUCAAAUGUUGAAGCCCUAAUCCACAAACAGUCUAAUGGUUUUUGGAGGUGGGGCCUUUGGGAGGGAUUAGGUCAUGAGGAUGGAGCUCUUAAGAAAAGGGCUCUCACCAGACACUGUAUCUUGCCAACAUUUUGAUUGUCUACUUUCUAACCUCUGGCAUGGUAAGAAAUAGUAAAUAUUUGUUUAAGCCAUCCUGUCUGUGGUAAUUUGUUAUAGCAGCCCAAGCUAAGACAGUGAAGAACUGGAAUUAAAUAUUCAACAGGCAAUAAUAAAAUGUGAUCCCAAUCGGCAAAAAUAUAUAAGUGAAAACACUGAAGAGGUAUGCAUGGAAACAUUAACAAAUAAGAUCAACUGUCUUUUUUUAUAAUCUUCUUUGGUUUUUUAUGUAUUUAAAUUUUUUUCGAUGGUGAACAUCUAUUUUAUAAUUUAGAAGUUUUCAUUCACUAUUAAUUCCUAAGAAGAAACUUCAAUAUUAUUGUAUAAGUAUACAGAAUCUUCUUUAGAUUUUAUUGUUUCAAAAGAAUGUAGGCAUUCUUAUAUUGAAUUUUUAGAGGAAAUACAGUUAGACUGUCUCUUUGGUUUACUGAAGACUUAAUUUGUCAUUCUGCUUGCCCAUAUUUGGUCCUCCAUUCAAAAUAAAACCAAUAGAGCAGCAUCAACCCAAUUUUGCCUCGUUACCAUAGCAACAAAAUAGUGACAAAAGCACAUAGCCCCAUCCCUCCCCCUCACAUAUGUGCUCUCUUAUUGUUUCAUUCUCAUCUACUUUCAUUCAUGGCCAUUGUCUUCCAUCCUUUUUUUUUUUUUUCAUCUUUUUUCACCUGUCUGUUCCUUCCUCCCCAAAAAGUUCAUGUGUGGCAAAAAAAAAUGAGUACAUGCCACUAACCAAUAUGACCUAAAUUCUGGGAUGCCUGCGUGGCUCAGCUGUUGAGCGUCUGCCUUCAGCCCAGGGUGUGAUCCUGGAGUCCCAGGAUCGAGUUCCGUAUCAGGCUCCCUGCAUGGAGCCUGCUUCUCUCUCUGCCUAUGGCUCUGCCUCUCUCUCUGUGUGUGUGUGUCUCUCAUGAAUAAAUAAAAUCUUUUUUAAAAAUAUGUCCUAAAUUCUAAAUGCCAAUUUGUUUUCUCUGUCUUAUACUCUUCAGGGAUCCUCCUCAUUCACCCUAAGUAAGGAACAGUUAUAUUUUUCCUGGGAAGCUUGUCUAAUUCCAAUUUCUGAAUGCAAACAAUUUUAAUAUUCAGAACUUUAUUCAAAUGAACUCUUAAGUAGACAGAGAGAAUACAUACUGAGGGAGCUGGGUCUGAUUGGACUGUUCCUCUCACCUUCUCCCACCCUUCCCCACAUACAAAUACACAAUAAAUCCAUUAUUUAUUUUGGGAGCUGUGAAGAGAUGAAACUGUAAUAAGAACCACCAUAGAUAUUUCAAUUACACCUAAAAUCAGAGUUGUUGUAUUCCAUACAGGAUGUUGUUGUAUUCCAUACAGAAGGUGUGCAGGUGAUCUUGCCUACCAUAUCCACUCUAGGCCUCUUAUGAGCUCUGACUUCUUACAGAUGUCCUCUGUCUUUCUGGAAGCCAUGUCCGUUGGGAGAGGAUAAUCCCAGGCCCAAAUCUAGAUGGUGAGUCUUGAUUGAUACAAACUAAUUAUGAUGGUACCAUUCCUUUGCCAAAAAUGGCCUAGGCAUGGGCAUGCAAUGCUUAUCUGGCCAAUAAAACAUAGGGGAAGUCUGCUGGUGGCUUCUAAGAGAGGUGGCUGAGAGGUACAAGAAUGUGGCAGUGACUGGUUCUUGUUGCUCACUAUAUAUGCUUCACUUAGUCCAUAGUGGUAAAAAGUUUAGCUAGGCACAUGGACAUGCAGAUUAAAGAAUACAUUUCUGACCCUCAUUUGCAGCCCAUUGUGGCCUGAUAAGUUCUGACCAAUAAGAUAAAAGCAGAAGUGUGAUGUGGCAACUCCUGAGAAUCUUUCUUAUUAGACAACUGACACGUGCCCUUUACCUACUCUUUCUUGUUUCCUUUAUUCUGCUAUGUGAAAUGUGGAUGUGAUAGCUAGGGGUAAAAUAACCACUUGAGACCAUGAAUGACCUUGGGAAUGGACACCAUGUAUGGAAGAACAAUAAAAGAAGCCACACCUAAACCACCAUCAUUCUGGGUUUUUUGUCACUUACAGUCAAGUCAAAGGCAGGGAGCCUGAUGCGGAACUUGAUACAAGGACCCCGGGAUCACGACCUGAACCAAAGGCAGAUGCUCAACCACUGAGCCACCCAGGUGCCCAAAACUGUGCUGCUUAAAACAGGAGAUUUCCUCUUCCAUUUUGAAUAAGACAAACAGCUAUGUACUAACACUCAGAAGUACUCCUUGAAUCACUUAUUUGAAACCAUAAAUUUCACAGCAAAGAUUUGCAUUUUUGGUACACUCCUCAUCUGGCCAAUUUGGCUUCACAACCAACAAGAAAAUUCAAUCCAUUGUUUUCUUCUGUCUCCUUGAGGAGGACAAGGAGACAGAAGACUUCUUCAAGUCUUCUUGAAAAAUUAAGGAGGACUUGAUUUUUUCAACACAGGAGGUGGGAGCAAGGCCCAGAGCGGGCCUGGCUGACACUGGCCAUCCCUGGGCUGUUUACUCCCAUCUGCUGAACUAAAGGAUUCCUGAGACUAGAUGCCAGGCCCCAGCUAAUCACCAUGGCUUCACUCUCACUGCCAAUGGACAAAGAAUAAUACAAGGAGGAAUCAAAGCAGAGAAAAUAACGCUGGAUGGGGGAAAAAGCAGGUUGAUAUCAUCUUUACAGCAAAGUGCUCAUCAAUCCUGAAGAGGGGCUUUAAACCCAGUGAGAAGGCAAGGCUGCCCUUGGGAUGCUCCUCUUCUUCCUAGUGGAGUACAUUUUCUGAUAAUUAUAGCUCACAAGAGUUGCUCCUUUUCAAGUGGCAGCCUUAGGGCAGCACGGGUGGCUCAGUGGUUUAGUGCCACCUUCAGCCCACGGCCCGAUACUGGAGACUGGGGAUUGAGACCCGCAUCGGACUCCCUGUAUGGAGACUGCUUCUCCCUCUGCCUGUGUCUCUGCCUCCCUAUCUGUGUCUCUAAUGAAUAAGUAAAUAAAAUCUUCAAGUGACAGCCUUA